UGCGCUGCCGGCCCGAUGCCGGGGGGGAGCGAGCAGGCGGGCGGCGCUGAGGAGCAGCCGCCGCCGCCAUCGCCGCGGGGGGAGGGACCGCGCGAGAGGGUGCCCGCCGGCCGCCGCCGCCCCCAGCCCGCAGCCGCCGCCGAACAGGGGGAGGAGUCCGGGGGCAGCCGGGUGCUGAGGGGUGGGCGGGAGCGGGGCCGGGCCGCCGCCGCGGGAGGAGCUGCUGCGUCCCGCCGCCGCAAGGCCGAGUAUCCCCGCCGCCGCCGGAGCAGCCCCGGCGCCCGCGCGCCCCACGACCCACCCGCCGAGCCGCCCGCUGCAGCCGCCGGCAAGAAGGGGACCCCGCGAGCCGCAUAUGUGGAUAAAGCAGCUGGUAAAGAUCCCAAAGAAGAAAAGGAAGAGGAGGAGGUUUCCAGCACCCCCAGCCAUGAGUCUCCUGUCAGCACAGCCCGGCCCAGCCGGGGCUGGCGUAGCAGCAGGGCAGCUGCUGCUGCUCGCCAACGUGACACAGAAAAUUCACGUAGCUCCAGAUCCAAGACUGGAUCCUUGCAGCUCAUCUGCAAGUCUGAACCAAACACAGACCAACUUGAAUAUGAGGUCACAGAAAAACAUCAGUCUCCAACUGGAAUCAGUGAUGAAGAGGAGAUGCUCAUCAGUGAAGAAGAGGUUCCCUUCAAAGAUGAUCCAAGAGAUGAAACCUACAAGCCUCACUUAGAAAAGGAAGGCCCAAAACAAAGGAAAAAAUCCGGGAAGGGGAAAGAGGAAAAAGAGAAACAGAAAGAGAUUAAGGUGGAGGUGAAAGAAGAAAGUGAGUUUCGGGAAGAUGAGGAGCCACCCAGGAAGAGGGGAAGGAGGAGAAAAGAUGACAAGAGCCCUCGGCUGCCUAAAAGGAGGAAGAAGCCUCCGAUACAGUAUGUACGCUGUGAGAUGGAAGGCUGUGGCACAGUUCUUGCUCAUCCUCGUUACCUGCAGCACCACAUAAAAUACCAGCAUUUGUUGAAGAAGAAGUAUGUGUGUCCCCACCCCACCUGUGGCCGUCUCUUCCGACUCCAGAAGCAGCUGCUGCGGCAUGCCAAGCACCACACAGAUCAAAGGGACUAUAUCUGUGAAUACUGUGCCCGUGCAUUUAAGAGUUCCCACAACUUGGCAGUGCACCGGAUGAUCCAUACAGGCGAGAAGCCCUUACAGUGUGAGAUCUGUGGAUUCACUUGCCGACAGAAGGCUUCCCUGAACUGGCACAUGAAAAAACAUGAUGCAGACUCCUUCUACCAGUUCUCCUGCAACAUUUGCGGCAAGAAAUUUGAGAAGAAGGACAGCGUUGUGGCACAUAAGGCCAAGAGCCACCCAGAGGUGCUUAUUGCUGAAGCACUAGCUGCCAAUGCAGGUGCCCUUAUCACCAGCACCGACAUCUUGGGCACUAAUCCUGAGACCAUAACACCACCCACUGACAGCCAGGGCCUUCCCCUUCUUCCUGACCCCUUGGGGAGCACUGCCCCUGGCGAAUGCCUGCUGCUGAACCCUGAUGGGAUGCAGAAGGCAUACUGCAGUGGGCCUGAGCGUGUGAGUCUGAUGGCUGAUGGCAAAAUCUUUGUUGGCAGCGGCAGUAGUGGAAAUACAGAAGGGCUAGUCAUGAACACAGAGAUCCUUGGAGCUACUACAGAGGUUCUGAUUGAAGAUUCUGACUCUGCUGGACCUUAGCGGGUGGGAAAUGCACGGGUGUUUGGACAGCUCUGACUUUGUGUUUAAAAUUAAAAAUGAGGAACUUACUGAAAAAGAGAGAAGUUAAACAAAUUUAAAAUACUAGUAAAUAACCGAAGGGCCUGCUCCCCUCCAGUGUGGAUCACAGCACAUCCCUCUUCCCCAACCACUUCUCUCCUGUUGUCCCUGUUCAAAAAGGGAUGGAUGCUGCCAUUACUAAAGCAAGUUGGACAGAGCAAAAGGAAUUCUCCAAUUGAGUGAAAGCAGCCAAAGCCCCUUGCUGUCACCCAAAGCAGAUGCUUUUCCUGCUCCUUGACAAAUCCCCAUUUACAAACUUGAAGGCACUUGCGCUCUGGACCAGCUUCUUGUACCCUCUUCCCCAACAGUCCCGACUUCUAUGCAUUGCUGCAUUCUGGUCCUUGCAGUCUCAUUGUUCCUUGUGGGGCUGGGGUUUGGCUUGGCACUUUAGGGCCUCUCAGCAGGGCGAGCUGUAAAACAGCACAUCCCGUCCUGUCCUGUCCCGUCCCAUUCCAUCCUGUUUUCCUCCCCACCCCCAGCACACCUCUACUCUGUCUCUGACGGGAAGUGUAGGGAACAGCUGGCUCUCCUGUGCUCACUUGCUGAGGCAUGGGGGCUGCUUUCAAUGCACUCACUUUGGCUGUGGGAGACCUGUGUUGGGGAGGCAGAGAGAACUGAGUCCCCAGUCUAUGACAGUAAUUUGCACUUUGAAUGUGUUUCGUUUUUGUGUUAUGGUAACAAGAUUCCUUAUUUAUUUAAAGGGGUUGGUAUUUUUAGUUACAUUUUUGGGAGUAGUGAGUCAGGCUAUUCCAAGAUGGGCUUCUUGGUAGCAAAAGUUGCAGGAAGUAUGUUGUGCUGUAACUGCAGCCAGAUGGAUUGGAGUUACUGCUAAGGGAAUCAGAAUGAGGGAAGCAGAGUAGCAAUUUGUAACCUUUCUAAGCGGGGGCGGGGGGGGGGUUGGAAUGACACCCAUUUGCAUUAUGAAUUUUUUUUGAGGUUUUUAGGCAUUUUGGAAAGGGAUGAGUAGCCAGAAACAGUCAACCUAUGUUGUGGUCUCAUUGCCCAGUGUAUGGCAAUUUUUUUUUUGUUUUAAUCUUUUUUUUUAAUCUUUUUUUCUUUUUGUUGAGUCAUUGCCCAGCAGUGGAGGGAUUAGUACUGUUAGUCAAGGAACUUGUUUGUUCUCUUGUCUUGUGACAGUUGUGUAACUGUUAAUUGGUUAAUUGGUUAAAUGGUUAAUUGGUAUUCUGCUUCUUUUCUGAGACAAAGAUACAGGGGGAGAGAGCGGAAAUGGUUGUCUUACACUUGGGUCACCUGGAAAAACAGACGGGCAUUUGGUUGUAGAAAUUCCAACUUUUCUGCCUGCGCACACGCCCCCGCAAGGGACAGUGUGAUGAAAGUUUCCCCAGUGUAUCCCUACUUUUCUUACUUGGAUGCAAACAUCCCUUGUUUCUAUGAAACAUGGUGGUUCAGAUAUUGCCUGAGAGUGGUGGGCCUAGCUUACUAGUUAUGACAGCUAUUGUCCCUCAGAUGAUAAACUUCUGGACGUGAUAUGUCUCAAGUUUUGAGACUCGGACCUUUGCUCUGCCCCUUGUGUGGUGACCCAGUGACCUUGAGUUUGACUUUUUUUUUUUUUUUUGGCAGAGGUGAAAGAUAAUCUGUUCUUUGUCAUGUCCAUAUGGCAGGGAACUGGGUUAAAGAUACCCUGUUGAACCGUGUUGUCAGCUAAACUGGUUUCUUACAUUUAGAGCUGUUGAGGAAAAAGGAUAUUUUGCUGUAGAAAAUGGUGACAAAAAUUAGAACUUUAUUUGCCAUGGAAAUUUUUUGCAGCAAAUGUUGACUUUUGUUAAAAAAUGAAAUUUUGGGGAUUUUUCUCCAGUUUUUUAAAAGUGUGCUUUGGGUCAGAUCAAACCACAUUUGAAUUAUUCUUGUUUCAGGAUGACAAUAACUUUUUUUCCUGUACCUUGCCGUGGUAUCUCAAGACCCAUUCUCACCCCAGCCUAGGCUUACUGGCCUAACAUCUCCCCUUGAAGUUUCAUGGUCUUCACUCUAGCAGAACUAUGGUGCAUUGCACAGGUCAUGUGACUUUUGCUCUGUAGGAGAUGCAGUCUAUUCAGGGAGCCAGACCCAUAGAAGAGAAUGGUAGCGUGAGAUGAUACCUAAGCUACAAUUUUCCUCAGACAGCACUGUGGCUUCAGAGUGUGGGGUGCAAUGUUAAACUCAAACAAAACUGACUGUUUUGAUUCAAGCAUGUCAAAAUGAUUUAUUUCAAUAAAAAAUGUCAAAAUAAAGUUUUGACAUUUUCUGGGCAGCCACAUUUUCCCCCACUAAGUAGAUGCUUCAUGAAAUAAAGAAAACUUGUUCAAAAUCAUUUUUGUUGGAAAAUGUAACCUCCCCUAGAUGUGUGGUUUUUCUGGCCAGGGCAGCUGGGUGACAGCCAGCUCUUGUUAGACAAGUGGUUGAAAAAGUCCUCUAGUCUAGGGCCUAGAAUAGUCGUGAAAUGCUGUUGUGAUCCAGGCUGACCUUGUCUGUGUUGACCAGCCAGACUGCUGCAGGCUAGUUCUGCUGGAGCAGUCUCUAAAUACUGCUUCUUCGCUUGGUUUGAACUCCAGCAGGGACAGGCCUUAUGUGGAACACUAAAAGGAGAGCCUAGCCUUAGUAUCCUUUCAUUUCUCAGGAUAGCACUAAAACCCUGUCCUUGGUAGAAAGCUUGUUCAUCAGCAGUGCUGUGAAACUUGUCAGCUUACAAUAGAGACUCUGAGGUGAGGAAAGUUGCCCUGUUACUUGUCUGCCCAGGCCGUACCCAUUGUGUGAGGAAUAGGACGUAGGCUAUUAAGUUUCCCUAGCAACAGGGAAGAUUAUCACAUUUCCUGGAUACAGAAAUGAGCACUUAUCCAGUUUACAAAUCCUUCUUACCCCACACUUCUGAUCCUGGCCAUCUUUUGUAAUCCUCUCAUAGAUGAUUCUGUUUUAACCUUCCGUUCAUUUUCACUUGGUCCCAGCAAGUCUGUCUGUCCUUCACCACAGCCUGCUAACCUCAAGGCAAGAGAUUAACAAAAAACAAACAAACAACAUUUAAAACUGACACUUAACACCUCCCUGCUGCUUCUCCCCUUCACUCGCAUGCAGUUUGCUUCAAUAAAUUAUUGUAGUAGUUUGCAAUAAGCCUUUUUUUUUUUUUUUUUUUUUUGUAUUUUUCCCCGUAUUUAUAAUUUUUUUUUAUCUCUUGGGGAGGGAGCAUGCCGGGUACCUGGGAUUUUUUUCCCUUCCAUUAGAGUCCAUUGCCAUAAACUGGUUUAUAUCUUAGCCUGCUCCAAACACUGCUUCAGACAGUCCUAUAGCCCCAGAUGCUCCUACGUACUCCUCAUAGUUGCAGGCAUAACUUAAGUUGCACCCUUCACAGGCAGGAGUUGCCUAUUCGAGACAUACUUAAUGUUGAUGGUGAGAGAGGCUGGUGGGUCAUGGGGUUGUGUAGAAGUGGUGUGCUUUUUGGGGUGGGGUCUGUCACUGCAGCCACUGCUACUCAGUGAGGAUGAUGCUGUGGCACUGAUGCCUUUCAAAGGAACACGGUGGGAGUCUCAAAGGCAUAAAGUAGCUCCUUGUCUGAGGGGGGCAUGACCUGUACUAGCAUGAAUCCUGCCACCAGGGAGGGGGUUAGGCUUUACACUGCUUAGCAGCACUACCUGAAGUAGCCACCAGGUGGCAACAAAGCUGUGUUGCAUUGGCACACCCUUAAAUGUGGAACAAAAGUGCAGGAGGGGUGAGGCAUAGGCUGACAAGUCUUUGAUUGCUAAAAGUCUUGUUAAGCCUGCCACACGGUGUUCUCCACCUGAGGGGUGGAGAUGGGGAGCCCAGGUAGCUACUUAACCCAAGUUGGGGAAAGGGUAAUGUAAAAUAAUAAUAAAGGGAUACUCUUCUUUUCAGCUCCUGUUUUCUCUUAAUCUGGGUAAUAAUACAUAACCAAAAUAAAUGUAUAAAGGAAAAAAACAAUAAAAGUUGUUUUGUCUUGA